AAGAAUCAUAACAUUAUGAGUUCACCUACAGAAAAAUUUAUUGUUGUAAAUAGUGCUCCACCAUUUAUGAACUAGUACUUCAAAGUGGCAGAAACAAACAAAACAUUGAGAAAAUUAAGUAAAGGGGAAGGGAAGAAUCUGCAAAGGGUACCAAUUGGUCAUUAUCUCCAAGGUGUUAAUUCGUCGUUAUUUCCUGCUUCUUUAUAUUUAAAAUAGAUACUCCCAAAAGAAAAGUAGCGUGUCACUUUCUCCAAUUUUCUCAGAGUUUUUCUCCUUCCCUCUGUCCCUGAAAAUGUCUGAUCAUGGUGGGAUGGACAUGCCUAUGCCGGCAGGGUCAAUGUCAAACGGUAGCAUGAAAUCAAUGGAUAUGCAUAUGAGCUUCUACUGGGGUAAAGAUGUGAUAGUUCUAUUCUCCGGGUGGCCGGAAAGCAACUCCGGCAUGUAUGUACUGGCCCUCUUCUUCGUGCUGUUGCUAGGCGCCGCCUUCGAGACUUUGUCUAUGUUACCAGCGGUGAUACCUGGCACCAAACCUGUCCUCGGAGCUUUCAUUCAGGCCAGUGUUUAUGCCGUCCGAAUGUGCUUUGCUUACAUGGUUAUGCUCUCUGUCAUGUCCUACAAUCUUGGAAUCUUCAUAGCCGCCGUUGCUGGUCAUGCUAUCGGGUUCUUCAUCGUCAAGCUUCGUGCUCUGCAGGCCAAGGAAACCACCGAGCAGCGGUUCAUGUCUCCCGACGGCAUCGCUUCUAAGAUUUGAUGUUACGGUAUGCCAGCCAUGUUGCCUGAGCUUUAACUUAUAGAUUGUAAAUCAAAUCGAGUUUGUCAUACUCUCUUUGGUAUCAAGAACAUAUAAUCAGGUUGAUCGUA